AUGGCAGAAUACGCAUUCAGAAAGAUAGAUAUCGACGCUUUAGACGAAGAUGUCAUCUUACCUUCCGACUUGUACGACCCGGAUCCUAGAGGUGCACAGGGGGUGUUGGAUGAUGCAAAGAGAAAGUCGACAGAAGCAAGGGGUUUGGUUUCGAGAGGUGAUAUAGCCGGAGCGUUAAAAGAAAUCCUCGCUGAUCCGCCAUAUGGAGAAGGUAUGGAAGAAGCUCGAAAUCUCACCACUCAAGCACUUCUUUUAAUCCUCAAUUCAACAAGAGCUACAGAUAUUCCCGGUAUAUUGAAAAAUUUGAAACAAGAUCAACAAGAUCGUCUUAUGGCUUAUCUUUAUAAAGGAAUGGCAGCUUUAGGUCAAGGGGCCGAUAUAAGUGGAUCGGUAUUAUUGACAUGGCACGAGAAGCUCACCGAGGUGGCAGGUGUAGGAUGUAUAGUCCGAGUCAUGACCGAUCGAAGAACUCUAUGA